CUGCCUGCGGUUAGAGUAUCAGUCCGAGGGGAGCGCAGCAGCGAAACACUUGGAGGAACAGAAACUAUCGCAUGCCGAUGCUGGAUUAUAAGGAUGCAGGAGAUGAUGCAGAGGUAGACCGUCUUAAGCUGUUGGCUUUUCACAUUUGUAACAAGAGGCAUAAGUGAGAACGAUGAUGAUCCCUGUCACAUGUAGAAUAGGUCUGCAGGUGUCUUUUCUCCUCCUCUUAAUUGGACAAACACAUGGUAGAGUGACGGCGCCGGCACGUUUGAAGGCACCAGUGGACAAACCCUUUACACUUACCUGCACGCUGUCAAAGGACCGUGGUGAAACUUUGAGGGAGGUCCGUUGGCUGGAUGACAAGAAUCAGACCCUGCUGAGCUACCAGCCAGGUAACAGAGACAGCGUGAGUGGACAGCAGCAUGUGGAGCUCGCCACCUCACCAAAGGACUCCUCAGCGAUCACCAUUCGCAGGGUGGGCUUCCGUGAUGAAGGCUGCUACACCUGCAUCUUUGAGCUCAGUCCUUCAGGUUCAAAGCAAGGACAGACGUGUCUCACUGUUGACGCCGAAGUCACAUCAGAGAGAAACAAAACAGCAGUGAGCGGCAAGAAGGCGUCCCUGUCAUGCUCCUUUGGUUUGCCCGAGAAGGUGCAGCAGAUACUGUGGAAACACACACCUGCUCAAGGUGAAUCGACAGAGGUGGCCUCUUUCGCGAAGCGGAGCGACCCCAUGAUCGAGCCAGCUUAUCAGGGGAGAGUCUGGCUCUCUGCUUCUCUGUCAGACAGUCAGCUUACGAUCCAGCCUGUCGCCAUCCAGGAUGAGGGCUGCUACACCUGCUUCUAUGAGACGCACAGCGAGGGGACAAAGAGCUCUGUGGUCUGUCUCUCUACCUACGGUAAAUGUCUGCUUUUCAAGUUCGCUUUUACCCGUCGACAUAAACGCUUCAACAAUGCAACAUUAGGUCAAAACGUUUGUUUCCCCGUCUUUUAUCAAGUUCCAGGAAUUGAAAAAAUAAUUUUCGCAAUAAAGAUGUAGCAAAUAUUUCCAUCAAAAUGUCUUCUUGAGCACAUUUGGGAUUUGUCCUAAAAAUUAAAAACUGAGUUACGCUGGUUGCUAAGAUAGACUGUGUGUGUUAUUAUUAUUUUUUUUUUGGUUUCUUUUUAUGCCAAAGUCACUUACAUUUGAAUAGGCAUUGUUUUAAGUUAAGUAGAAAAAUGUGAAACUUAGGAAAUGUGACAAAAGGGAAUUCAAUACAUGACCUAUUUCUUUCUAAAUCGAGUCAUUUUAGUCAAAUUAUUUAUUGCAGUUACAUUGCUGAUACUUAGUAAAGCAGGGCUUCUUUACUUUGGCACAGUUUCUGAUACAACAAUUUGCAAAACAUGCAUAUUUCUUCAUUCAUCUAGUGCAAUCUCCUUCAGUCUCAGUCACAUUUACCUUUCACACAAUAACUGAAACACAUAAUCUUAAGAUUUCCCUGAGUUGCUCCAGUGGAGAUGAUGCUCUCUGUGAUGAAUCUCUCAAUCUGUUGAAUUCCUCCUCAAUACUGAAAAGCACAAAAGGAGGAGGGUUUCUUUCUCUUUCUACUUAUCACAGUUUAAGGCUUUAGAAAGAUAAAGUCUUAAACUGAAUUUGCCUCCAAAUUCAGGCACAUUCAGUGGGCAACAUUACAUCGAUCACGUUUUGUAGCUAAGGUGAAAUUUUAAGAAAAAAUUUACAGUUUGGUGGUGUUACAAAG